AUGAGAAACAAAGGAAAAGUUCACCCCUUAAUUUCUUCAUCUUCAUCUUCAUCUUCAUCGUACAGUGCUAGCAAGGAUGUUUUGCCCGUGUUAAAGCUACUGCCUGCUGCUAUUUUCGCUUUAAUAUCGCUUCUUCCCUUUGAAGACCGUGAAGUUUUGGCUUAUAUGAUAAGCCGAUCUUUAAAGUUGACAAACCCGCCGGACGAGAAGAAGAAAUCUCCAAAGAAUAGUCACGGGCAUAAGCCGCCGGCUUCUUUUGACUGUGAGUGCUUUGAUUGUUAUACUAGCUUUUGGUCUCGGUGGGAUUCUUCACCCAACCGUGAGUUGAUUCAUCAAGCUAUUGAAGCUUUCGAGGAGCACUUGAACAAUGGGGAACACUCGAGGAAGAGUAACAAUGGCAAGAGGAAAAAGGAGAAAUUGCGUCGUCGGAAAGGAGAGAAAGUAGCUGACGGUAUUGGCGUUCCUGAUUUUCCAGCGACGGAGGGGAAAAGUAACAGCCCUGUUUCUCUUUUGCCGGUGCCGGAGACUGAGUCAGCACCGAAUGAAGACGACGUGGCGGCGAAGAGUGGGGAAGGUGAGGUGAAAGAGGUAGUGGUGGCAAAGGAGCUGUCGACGACGCAAGCGGCACACAGCCACAAGGGUUUAGCGAGAAAGGUGUUGCCGGACGUAUUGGGAUUAUUCAAUUCCCGUUUAUGGGGUCUUUUAUGGGGUCUUUGGAAUCCAAAUGUGUAG